GUAUCUCUGAGAAAUCAAAACAGGCGUUUCUUAUCUUUCGCGGCAGGCCGGUAUAUCGUUGCCGCCGGUAUAGAACAGCAGCUCUUCAAACAAAAUAGACCCUCAUAAAAAAGUUCUUGUCUUUUUUUUUUUAACGGGAAGCGAGCGUCUUUCCGUUUUUCUUCGCGCUACCGCUUCAUCUCAGGUCCUCCUCUUGUUCUUGGCCGUUGCGUUUUCUCUUCACUUUCUUCCCUCAAACAAAUGUCCUUAAACUCUUCUGUUUUUUUUUUUCUGGGAACGGGGGAGACGGGCGGACGACUUGGUUAAAAAGCGGCGUUUCCAGGACUUGUCUCCGGUCUCCGACCUAGGCGGAGCUCCGGAGUCGCGACUGUCAUGCCUCUCGAUGGGGACGGCGAUGGCGACAAGAGGAAGAUUUUCAUUUCGGCCACUGCCGGCAACUACUUUGGGCUGUCUUCGUAUGGGAGCCUGGCACCCCUCUCUGCCAGUCCCGAACUGGCCAACUUUUUGGAUGAUGGCAACGAAUUUCUUCUCUGUGUGCAGCACUCGGAAGACCAGAUUGCGGUCUCAAACAAGGUUGAAGCUAGUAAUUCGGAAGACAAAAUGCUAGUAUUCUUCAAGUUGCGACCAGAUGUUAUUACAGAAGAUAAUCUUCACACCAAUAUUCUUGUAUCAUCUAUGUUAGAUUCUCCAGUUAAUAUGCUUUAUCAAGCAGUGCGACAGGUAUUUGCACCGGUACUACUGAAAGAUGAAAAAUGGAGUAAAGAUUUUGAUCCCAAACUGCAAAAUCUUUUGCGGGAGUUAGAAACUGGCUUAGGUUCUGUUCUAAGGAAAACAGAUACUGCUUAUACAGGAGCAAAAUACCGGGAAGAUGAUGUUCAAGCUGUACUUUGCCCAAAUGAUGAAUUUCAAUUCUGGACAGAGCGUGCUCAACAUGGAAGUAAAUCUUGUAGCAAGGACAGAGCUUCUCAUUUUAAAGAGCUGUUUGAAGCCAUUGCAUAUGAUUAUUACAAUUUGGACAGCUUAUCUUUAUUUGAGGUUGUGGAUUUAGUGGAGACUACACGGGACAUUGUUGAUGAUGUCUGGAGGCAGUCCGAUCACGAGCCUUUUCCACAGUCACGCAUGAAGAACCUUUUGGAUGUCAUAGCUGGCUCUCUUGGAAGAUUUGUUCAGAAGAAGUUAGGUACUUUAAACCUAUGGGAGGAUUCGUUUCACACUGUAAAAGAGAAUCUGAAGGCUGGCAUCAUUAUUUGUGAACAGUGGGUUGCAGCUUGUGACCAUCUAACAGGACAGUUAUGGCAGCGUUAUACCCCACAUAUAUGGCGAGGAGAGAAAUAUAUCCCUGAAACACUAGGAAAACUUGGCAAACGUCUUGAAGAGGUAUUAAAUAUUCGAUCGCUUCAUGAGAAACUUACAUAUUUUUUGCCAACUGGUGAGCAGCAAGCAUUGCAUCUUGCCCAAGUGUUUGAACCUUUUGCUGGAUUGAAUCCUGUGCAUUAUAAUCCCUACACUGAGCCUUUAUGGAAAGCAGCGGUACGUCAAUAUGAAAGAAUUAUUGCUCCAGCAGAACAAAAAAUAGCAAGCAAGUUGAAAAGCUUUAUUUCAGAAAUCCAGGAUAGUCCACAACAGCUUCUUCAGGCUUUUCAGAAAUACAAAGAAUUGGUACGACGUCCAAGCAUUAGUAAAGAAUUGCUUUUAGAAAGAGAAACUUUGUUGGCAAAACUUCAAGGUGCAGUUAAAGAUUAUCAGACUGAUUUUGAGACACGUUGCCAUGGCACUCCAGGCGAUGCAUCAGGGCCGCUUGCGGGGAAGAACCUCUCUGAGGUUGUGAAUAAUAUUGUCUGGGUGCGCCAGCUAGAAUUGAAGGUAGAUGAUGCCAUUAAGAUUGCAGAGGCCCUUCUUUCAGACCUAUCUGGAUUUCAAAAUUUCCGACAAACUGCAGAUGACCUUCUAGAACAGUUAAAAAUGUAUGAACAAGAACAGUUUGAUGAUUGGUCCAGGGACAUUCAAACAGGUCUCUCAAACCCAAAGUCUGGUCUUUGUAUACAGGCCAAUAGUCCUGUCAUGGAACUUAAUCAUUCUGAUGGAGCCUUAAAAAUACAUUAUUCAGAUCGCUUGGUAACUCUCCUUAGAGAAGUACGUCAGCUCUCUGCACUUGGGUUUGUCAUUCCUGUCAAAAUACAACAGGCUUCAAACACUGCUGAAAAUUUUUGCAAACAAGCAGUGAUUCUCAAACAGGUGGCACACUUUUAUAACAGUAUCGAUCAGCAAAUGAUUCCCAGUCAGAAGCCAAUGAUGUUGCAGUCGGCUUUAGCAUUUGAACAGAUAAUUAAACACUCAAAAGCAGAAGGGCAAAUAACAUGGGACAAUCCUAAAGAACUAGACAUGUAUAUCAAGAAACUCCAAAGUGCAGCAGAACGGCUUGCCACAGAAAAUAGAAAGUUAAGAAAAUGGCAUAUGAGUUUUGUAGAAAAGGUUGUUGGCCUGAUGAACAUUGAUCUGCUUCGACAACAGCAGCGUUGGAAAGAUGGUUUACAAGAACUUCGGGGAGGAUUCUCUAGCCUUGAAUCACAGGGUUUUCUUUCAAAUGACAUGAAAGCAUGGAGACUUCAUUGGAACCACCAACUCUACAAAGCUUUGGAGCAUCAGUAUCAGAUGGGCUUGGAAGCACUCAAUGAAAAUCUGCCGGAAAUAAACAUUGAUUUAACUUACAAACAAGGAAGAUUGCAAUUCAAACCCCCCUUUGAAGAAGUACGAGCAAGAUAUUACAGAGAGAUGAAGAGAUUCAUUUCAAUCCCUAAUCAAUUUAAGGGAGUAAGUGAGACCGACGAAGAGUGCAUCUUUUCUGUCAUGACUGAAAGAAAUGCACGUGGAUUUUUGACCACAUUUAAUAAAGCAGAAGACUUGUUCCGCAGACUGGCAGAAGUUUUAGAUCAAUUUAAGGAAUGGGUGAUAAUUGGGCAAGUCGAUAUGGAAGCUUUGGUGGAGAUUCACCUUUCCAAAGAACAGGAUUGGGAGAAAAAUUUCAAAACCCUAAAAGUGAAAGGAAAAGAAGUGGAACGUCUUCCAAGCAUUGUUAAGGUAGAUUGCCUCAUAGUGAACUGUAAUCCUGUGAAGUCUGUCAUCGAUGAUCUUAUCCAGAAGUUGUAUGAUGCUCUAGUGAUGUCUUUGAGAAAAUCUAUACAAGGUCAUCAACAUGAUAUUUCUUCAUUUCUCAAUGAUGCUAUGAGUAUCUUAGUAAUAAGGCCCCAGUCAGUGGAAGAAAUAACGGAAGAUAGUUUAAAAUAUAAAAAUGUAAAAGACAAAAAAGAAGAGGUCUUUCUUCUUUUCCAAGAAGCAGAAAGUAAAAACAAACUUCUCCGAACUGUGGCAGGUGGGGGCAUUGAAACAAUUGGCAACUUGAGAGCCACAUGGGAUAAAUUUGAGUUAAUGAUGGAGAGUCAUCAGCUGAUGAUUAAAGAACAGGUCGAAGUGAUGAAAAGCAAUGUGAAAACCCGUGUUAAUACUUACCUUCAGGAACUGGAAAAAUUUAAAGCUCGGUGGGACCAGUUGAAACCUAGUGAUGAUGUCAUUGAAACAGGACAUCAUGAUGUGCUACAGAGAAGUGCUGAGAUAAUAAAGGAAAAGAAAAUUGAAUUUGAUGAACUUGAGGAUGCAAAGCAAAAACUGGUUAAUGACUGUUGUCACUUUGAAUUAGAAGAGCCUGAUUUCUCUUUAGCCAAUGAAGUACGCAGAGACAUUGAAUGCUGUGCUGAAGUUUGGUCACUGUAUGAACAAUUUUAUGAAGGUUUUCAAGAAAAAGCCAAUGAAGAUUGGAUUACAUUUAGGAGUAAGACCUACCUAUUUGAAGAAUUCUUGUUGAACUGGCAUGAAAAACUGAGAAAGAUUGAAGAACACACAAUAAUGACUGUGAAGUUGCAAAAAGAGGUGGAUCAGUACAAGCUGACCCUUCCUGUAUUGAAAUAUGUUAAGGGAGAACAUUUGUCAUCAGAUCAUUGGUUGGACCUCUUUCGUAUUCUUGGUCUUCCUAGGGGUACCAGUCUAGGAACUCUGCUGUUUGGAGACCUCCUAAAAGUGGCAGAUGUCAUUGUGGAAAAAGCAGCAGAACUGAAGGAUUUGAACAGCAGGGCUCAUGGUGAGGUUACAAUCAGAGAAGCCUUGCGGGAGCUUGAGCUUUGGGGCGUUGGAGCUGUCUUUACGUUAACAGAUUAUGAAGAUAGCCAAAACCGGAUGAUCAAAUUGAUUAAAGAUUGGAAAGACAUAGUCAAUCAAGUUGGAGACAAUCGCUGCCUACUUCAGUCAUUGAAAGACUCUCCAUAUUACAAAGGUUUCCAAGAUAAAGUUUCUGUUUGGGAAAAGAAACUUGCUGACCUGGAUGAAUAUCUACAGAAUCUAAAUCAAAUUCAGAGGAAAUGGGUAUAUCUGGAGCCCAUUUUUGGCCGUGGAGCUUUGCCUAAAGAGCAAGCACGCUUCAACAGAGUAGAUGAAGACUUUAGAUCAAUAAUGGCAGAUAUCAAACAAGACAAUCGCGUAAUUUCUUUGAAUACUCGAGCAGGAAUAAGGACUGCCUUAAUUACUAUCCUUGACCAGCUUCAGAGAUGUCAAAAAUCUUUAAAUGAAUUCCUGGAGGAAAAGCGUUCUGCAUUCCCCAGAUUUUAUUUCAUUGGAGAUGAUGAUCUUCUGGAAAUCUUGGGUCAGUCUACUAAUCCAUUAGUUAUCCAAUCUCAUCUGAAGAAGUUGUUUGCUGGAAUUCACAGUGUAAGCUUUGAUGAAGAUUUUAAAAAUAUUAUUGCAAUGAAAUCUGUAGAAGGUGAAACCGUACCUUUCAAAAAUAAAAUUCUGCUAUCCAAUGACGUUGAGGUAUGGCUGAACAAAUUGUCUUUAGAGAUGAAGGAGACAUUAAAGAAACUAUUGAUUGACUGUGUUGCCACUGGGAAAAGAUUGCAGGGUUCAAUUGAUCCAUCACUCUUUCCUUCACAGAUUUUAUGUUUGGCUGAACAAAUUCAAUUCACAGAAGAUGUUGAGUGUGCAGUCAAAGAAUGUAAUUUGCAACAGAUAGAAUUAGAAUUAAUGGCUAAGUUGGAACAUUACACCAGUAUAGAUACUAAUAUAGAAGACUCGGGCAAUGCAGAAUCUGGAAUCCUUGAGUUAAAGCUUAAAGCCCUGAUUUUGGAUGUUAUUCAUAACAUUGAUACUGUACAACAGCUUAUUGCAGCUCAGGUCAAUAGUACUGAUGAUUGGGCCUGGAAGAAGCAACUCAGAUUUUAUCUUAAGGAUAAAAAAUGUUAUAUUCAGAUGGUGGAUGCUGAACUUCAGUACACUUAUGAAUAUCAGGGAAAUUCACCGAAGCUUGUUUAUACACCAUUAACUGACAAGUGUUACCUUACACUUACUCAAGCUAUGAAGAUGGGCCUUGGAGGAAAUCCCUAUGGCCCAGCUGGAACUGGCAAGACAGAAUCUGUAAAGGCUCUAGGGGGAUUACUUGGAAGACAAGUUUUGGUGUUUAAUUGUGAUGAGGGCAUUGACGUGAAAUCAAUGGGGCGUAUAUUUGUUGGUUUGGUGAAAUGUGGAGCCUGGGGCUGUUUUGAUGAGUUUAAUCGUCUGGAAGAAGCAGUACUUUCUGCUGUAUCUAUGCAGAUUCAGACAAUUCAACAUGCUUUGAAGAAACAUCAACCUGUUUGUGAGUUACUUGGAAAAGAGGUAGAAAUGGAUCAUAAUUCUGGAAUUUUUAUCACCAUGAAUCCUGCUGGGAAAGGCUAUGGAGGCAGACAGAAAUUGCCUGACAAUCUUAAACAGCUUUUUAGACCAGUUGCUAUGACUCGUCCUGAUAAUGAGCUAAUUGCAGAAGUGAUAUUAUAUUCAGAAGGCUUUAAAGAUGCUAAACCUCUGGGAAGAAAACUGGUGGAUAUUUUCAAUUUAGCACGAGAGCUCUUGACUCCUCAGCAGCACUAUGAUUGGGGCCUGCGAGCAUUAAAGACUGUUCUGAGGGGAUGUGGAAAUCUUCUUCGACAGCUGAAAAAGAACGGAAUUAAAAAGAAAGUUAAUGAAAGCCACAUUGUGGUUCAAGCUUUGCGUCUUAAUACCAUGUCAAAGCUUACCUUUGCAGAUUGUGCACGAUUUGAUGCACUGGUUAAAGAUGUCUUUCCUGGAGUUGACUUCAAUGAUGUAGAUUAUGCUGAGUUAAAUAGUGCUUUGCAAAAAACCUUUGAGGAGGCCAAUCUGGAAAUCAUAUCUACCCAGAUAAAGAAGGCUUUGGAAUUGUACGAGCAACUCCGUCAAAGAAUGGGUGUGGUUAUUGUAGGCCCAAGUGGUGCAGGCAAAUCAACCCUUUGGCGGACAUUAAGAGCAGCUCUUGGAAAGGUUGGCAAAGUAGUGAAGCAAUAUACCAUGAACCCUAAAGCUAUGCCCCGCCAUCAGUUACUCGGUCAUAUUGAUAUGGACACAAGGGAGUGGUCAGAUGGUGUGCUUACAAAUAGUGCUCGGCAAGUAGUACGAGAACCUCCAGAUGUUACUUCGUGGAUAAUCUGUGAUGGUGACAUAGAUCCUGAAUGGAUUGAAUCUCUGAAUUCUGUCCUUGAUGAUAAUCGACUACUUACUAUGCCUAGCGGAGAAAGAAUUCAGUUUGGUCCAAAUGUUAACUUUCUUUUUGAAACUCAUGACUUGAGCUGUGCUUCUCCUGCCACAAUAUCUCGAAUGGGAAUGAUUUUUCUUAGCGAUGAAGAUACUGAUCUUAAUUCACUGAUCAAAUCCUGGUUGAGAAACCAACCUGAAGAAUGCAGACACAACCUUAAAAACUGGAUUGGAGAUUAUUUUGAGAAAGCUUUAAAUUGGGUACUAAAGCAGAACGACUAUGUGAUAGAAACAAGUUUGGUUGGAACUGUGAUGAAUGGGUUGUCCCAUCUUCAUGGAUGCACUGAACGUGGACAGUUUAUAAUAAGCCUGAUAAGAGGACUUGGGGGAAAUCUCAAUAUGAAAUCACGGCAAGAAUUUACCAAAGAGGUUUUUUCCUGGGCCCGAGAAUCUCCUCCAAACCCCAACAAACCAAUGGAUACCUUCUUUGAUCCUGAUAGUCAACAGCUAGUAUCCUACCAACUGAAAAAGCCUGAAAACCUUACGGCAGAUGAUUUCAGCAAUACUCAGACGCUUCCAGUAAUUCAAACACCUGAUAUGCAAAGAGGAUUAGAUUAUUUUAAGCCUUGGUUAGGGUUUGAUAGCAAGCAACCAUUUCUUCUUGUUGGACCUGAAGGAUGUGGUAAAGGAAUGCUACUCCGUUAUGCCUUUUCCCAGCUUCGAUCUACUCAGAUUGCUACAGUACAUUGCAGUGCACAGACUACAUCUCGGCAUCUUCUGCAAAAAUUAAGUCAGACAUGUUUAGUAAUUAGCACUAAUAUGGGACGAGUAUAUAGGCCAAAGGAUUGUGAAAGGCUGGUUUUAUAUCUGAAAGAUAUAAAUUUGCCUAAGCCUGACAAAUGGGGAACAAGCACAUUGGUAGCUUUCCUACAGCAGGUGCUUACAUAUCAAGGAUUUUAUGAUGAAAAUCUUGAGUGGGUAGGGUUGGAAAACAUCCAAAUUGUGGCAUCCAUGUCUGCUGGAGGAACAGUGGGAAGACAUAAACUUACUUCCAGGUUUACUUCUAUAGUCCGUCUUUGUGCGAUUGAUUAUCCAGAAAGAGAUCAGCUACAGACCAUUUACAGUGCAUACUUAGAACCAGUUCUACACAAGAAUCUAAAAAACCAUCCUGCUUGGGGAUCCUUAGCAAAAAUAUACCAGUUAGCGGGAUCCAUGGUUCAAGUAUAUGAGCAGGUUCGAGCCAAAUUCACAGUUGAUGACUACAGCCACUACCUUUUUACACCCUGUAUUCUUACUCAGUGGGUUCUAGGUUUAUUCAGAUAUGAUUUAACAGGAGCGGGAUUUACACACUCGGUAGAUACUGUCUUGGAAAUUGUUGCAUAUGAAGCAAAACGGCUUUUCCGUGACAAAAUUGUUGGUGCUAAAGAAGUUCAUAUAUUUGAUAAUAUUUUAAUGAAAGUAUUUCAAGGAGAUUGGGGAUCUGAUAUUUUGGACAACAUGGCAGAUACCUUUUAUGUGACGUGGGGAGCUCACCAUGAAUUAGGAACCAUCAUGGCUCCUGGGCAGACUCUGCCACCUCAUGGGAGGCCACUUGGCAAACUUAACUCAACAGACUUAAAAGAUAUUAUUAGGAAGGGUAUUAUUCAUUAUGGACGAGAUAACCAUGAAAUAGAGAUUUUACUUUUCACGGAAGUCUUUGAUUAUGUGUCUAGAAUUGAUAGAGUAUUGAGUUUUCCUGGAGGCUCCCUUCUGUUAGCAGGGCAGAGCGGAGUGGGUCGUCGAACCAUUACAUCUUUAGUCAGUCACAUGCAUGGGGCCAUUCUGAUUACACCCAAGAUUUCCAGAGGCUAUGAAAUGAAACAGUUCAAAAAUGAUUUGAAACAUGUCAUGCAACUUGCAGGAAUUGAAGCUCAACAUGUUGUACUAUUAUUGGAAGAUUAUCAGUUUGUCCAGCCCACUUUUCUUGAGAUGAUCAACAGCUUAUUAUCAUCAGGCGAAGUUUCUGGAUUGUACACAAUAGAAGAAUUGGAGCCACUCCUGUCCCCUUUGAAAGAUCAAGCAUCACAGGAUGGAUUUACGGGACCAGUUUUCAACUAUUUCACUUACAGAAUUCAGCAGAAUCUUCAUGUUGUAUUGAUUAUGGAUUCCACUAAUUUGAAUUUCACAAUAAAUUGUGAAAGUAACCCUGCACUUCAUAAGAAGUGUCAGGUGCUCUGGAUGGAAGGCUGGUCUGAAAGCAGUAUGAAAAAGAUACCUGAGAUGUUAUUCGCUGAAGCAGAUGAAAAGGAAAAAGUGGCUAAAACAUCAAAAGAACACAAAAAAAAGAACUCUGGUGACUUGGAAUUUAUUAAGUCCUUUUUGACGAUUCAUGAGUCAUGUAAACUUUAUGGAGCUACACCCAGAAGAUACAUGACUUUCCUGCAUACAUAUCUUGCCAUUCAUAACAGCAAAAGGACAGAGUUGAUAAAAAGGCAAAGUCAUUUGCAGGCUGGAGUAGCUAAAUUAAAUGAAGCCAAAGCACUUGUUGAUGAAUUAAACAGGAAAGCAGAAGAACAAGGCAUAUUACUCAAAACAAAGCAAGACGAAGCCGAUGCUGCUCUUCAAGAAAUCACUGUUUCUAUGCAGGAUGCAAGUGAACAAAAAUCAGAAAUGGAAAAAAUAAAGCAGAAAAUAGCCCAAGAAGUAGUUAAAAUUGAAGAAAGAAAAAAAAUAAUUGAGGAUGAAUUGAAAGAGGUUCAGCCACUGGUUAAUGAAGCUAAAUUAGCAGUUGGAAAUAUCAAACCAGAAUCUCUGUCUGAAAUCCGUUCCUUACGUAUGCCACCUGAUAUCAUUAGGGACAUACUAGAAGGUGUCUUACGGUUGAUGGGUAUCUUUGAUACAUCGUGGGUGAGCAUGAAGAGUUUCCUUGCAAAAAGAGGUGUGAGAGAAGAUAUCGCAACUUUUGAUGCUAGAAAUAUUCCAAAGGAUAUUCGUGAGAGCGUAGAAGAUCUUCUAACUAAAAAUAAGGCAUCUUUUGACUCAAAGAAUGCAAAAAGGGCCAGUACUGCAGCCGCACCCUUAGCAGCAUGGGUUAAGGCUAACGUUCAGUACUCAUAUGUGUUAGAACGAAUUCAGCCUCUGGAAACCGAACAAUCUGGUCUACAAGCUAAUCUCAGAAAAACAGAAGAUAGAAAACGGAAGUUAGAAGAUUUGCUUAAUUCCGUUGGUCAGAAAGUGGCAGAAUUAAAAGAUAAGUUCCAGGCCAGAACCAGUGAAGCUGCUAAACUGGAAACAGAACUUGUGAAAGCUCAAGAGACAGUGAAAGCUGCAGAGAUACUGAUUAAACAGCUUGAUAGGGAGCAUAAAAGAUGGAAUGCACAGGUGUCAGAAAUAGCGGAUGAAUUAAGUACACUGCCAAGGAGAGCUCAACUGUCUGCAGCAUUUAUUACUUACCUCUCAGCUGCACCCGAAGACCAAAGAAAAGCAAGCUUGGAUUCAUGGACAAAAUCUGCUAGUCUUGAAAAAUUUGAUCUUAGGCGGUUUCUAUGCACAGAAAGUGAGCAAUUGAUUUGGAAAAGUGAAGGUUUGCCCUCUGAUGAUCUGUCAAUAGAAAAUGCUCUUGUAAUACUUCAGAGUAAAGUUUGCCCAUUUUUGAUAGACCCUUCUUCCAGAGCUACAGAAUGGUUAAAAACACAUUUGAAAGAAUCACGCUUGGAAAUUAUCAACCAACAGGAUACAAACUUUAUUAAUGCCCUUGAAUUGGCUGUGCGAUUUGGAAAAACUCUUAUUAUACAGGAAAUGGAUGGGGUUGAGCCUGUGCUUUAUCCUCUGCUUAGAAAGGAUCUUGUUGCCCAAGGACCCCGUUAUGUUGUACAGAUAGGUGACAAAAUAAUAGACUAUAAUGAGGAAUUCAACCUAUUUCUGUCAACCAGAAACCCAAAUCCAUAUAUUCCACCUGACGCAGCAUCUAUUGUUACCGAGGUUAAUUUUACAAUCACACGUAGUGGCUUAAGAGGGCAGCUUUUAGCUUUGACUAUCCAACAUGAAAAGCCAGAUUUGGAAGAACAAAAAACAAAAUUAUUACAGCAGGAAAAAGAAAAGAAAAUACAGCUGGCAAAACUCGAAGAAUCUCUUUUGGAGACGCUUGCAACUUGUAAGGGAAAUAUACUUGAAAAUAAGGAUCUGAUUGAAUCUCUGAAUCAAACUAAAGCAAGUAGUGCCCUCAUUCAAGAAUCUCUUGUUGAGUUUUAUAGACUUCAGAUUUCCCUUGAUCAGGAAAGGGAUGCAUAUCUCACUCUGGCUGAAAGUGGCAGCAAGAUGUAUUUUAUUAUUUCUGACUUGUCCAAAAUUAACAACAUGUAUCGUUUUAGUCUGGCUUCUUUCCUGAGACUUUUUCAAAGGGCUCUGCAAAGUGAACUGGACUUAGGAAAUACUGAGGAAAGGAUAAAGUCUCUUAUCAGCUCAUUGAAACACUUGGUAUAUGAAUAUGUCUGUCGUUGUUUAUUUAAGGCGGAUCAGCUAAUGUUUGCAUUACAUUUUGUGAAAGGAAUGCAUCCUGAACUUUUUCAAAACAAUGAAUGGGACACAUUUACCGGUGUAAUCAUUGGAGAUAUGUUAAGAAAAUCAGAUUCCACCAAAAGCAUCAGAGAUCAGAUUCCCUCUUGGAUAGAACAAGAAAGAAGCUGGGCAGUGGCAACUCUAAAGAUCUCUCUCCCAACUUUGUAUCAAAUGGUUUGCUUUCAAGAUGAAGCAUUGUGGCAGCCUUUCUCACGGAGCUCAGUGUGUGAACAAGAAUUUCCAUCUAUUAUAGCAAAUAGAAUGUCUCUAUUUCAGCAGGUCCUUGUGGUCCAGGCUGUCAGGCCAGAUAGGCUACAGAGUGCAAUGGCUCUUUUUGCUUGUAAAACUUUGGGGAUUAAAGAGCUGUCACCACCCCCACUCAAUCUGAAACGCCUGUACAAAGAAACAUUAGAAAUCGAACCAAUCUUGAUUAUUAUUUCCCCUGGUGCUGAUCCUUCUCAAGAAUUGCAGGAGCUUGCAAGCACUGAAAGAAAUGGAGAAUGCUACCACCAGGUGGCCAUGGGCCAAGGUCAAGCUGAUCUAGCUAUUCAGAUGGUAAAAGAUUGUGCCCGGAAUGGAGAAUGGUUGUGCUUGAAGAAUUUGCACCUUGUUGUAUCGUGGCUGCCUAUAUUGGAAAAGGAGCUGAAUAACCUACAGCCCCAGCCUGGGUUUCGUCUUUGGUUGACAGCUGAAGUCCAUCCCAGCUUUUCUCCCAUUUUACUCCAAUCAAGUCUGAAGAUAACAUACGAAGCACCUCCAGGCCUCAAAAAGAACCUAAUGCGAACAUAUGAAUCUUGGACGCCAGAACAAAUUAGUAAAAAGGGUAAUUUAGCUCGAGCUCAUGCUCUUUUUAGCCUGGCUUGGUUUCAUGCUGCUUGUCAAGAACGAAGGAAUUAUAUCCCUCAGGGAUGGACCAAAUUUUAUGAAUUUUCUUUAUCUGAUCUUCGUGCAGGAUAUGAUAUUAUUGACAGACUCUUUGAUGGUACCAAAGAUUUUCAGUGGGAGUUUGUGCAUGGCUUAUUGGAAAAUGCUAUUUAUGGAGGUCGCAUAGAUAAUUACUUUGAUAUGAGGGUCCUGCGAUCUUACCUGGAACAAUUUUUUAACUCCAGAGUUAUUGCUGACUCAAAUUUCCGGGGCAAGAAGAUGAGCAGAUUUCCUUAUUCUAUUUCUCUACCUAGCUCUUGCAAUAUAUUGGAUUAUCGCCAUGUGAUUGAAAGCCUUCCAGAAGAUGACAAGCCUGAUUUUUUUGGCUUGCCUGCCAAUAUUGCACGUUCUUCUCAGCGAAUGAUCAGUUCUUUGGUAAUUUCACAACUUCGGAUCUUGAGUAGGUCUGUAACUGCCGGUUGCAAAUUUGACAGAGAAAUCUGGUCAAAUGAGCUUUCUCCAGUCCUCAAUCUAUGGAAAAAGCUUAAUCAGAAUUCCAAUCUGAUUCAUCAGAAAGUGUCUCCUCCUUCUGAACGUCAAGGCUCUCCAAUCCUUUCAUUCAUUAUCUUAGAACAAUUUAAUGCCAUCCGCUUAGUUCAAAGUAUUCAUCAGUCUCUUGCUGCUCUCAGUAAAGUAAUUCGAGGAACCUCACUCUUAAGCUCAGAAGUUCAAAAAUUAGCUAGCGCUUUAUUAAAUCAAAAGUGCCCUUUAACAUGGCAGAGCAAAUGGGAAGGCCCAGAAGAUCCUUUACAGUAUCUGAGAGCUGUUGUAGCACGAGCACAUGCUAUUCAGAAUUGGGUGAGUAAAGCAGAAAAGCAGACCUUACUUUUGGAUACUCUGGACCUCUCAGAACUCUUCCAUCCAGAUACUUUUCUGAAUGCCUUAAGGCAAGAGACUGCAAGAGUAAUGACCUGUUCUGUGGAUAGUCUAAAAUUUACAGCAUCCUGGAAAGGUCAAAUAAGAGAAGCGAAGCUCCAAGUUCAGAUCAGUGGCCUUCAAUUGGAAGGCUGUAGUUUUGAUGGAAAUCGACUUUCUGAAAAUCAACAUGACUCAUCCAGUGUUUCAACUGUUCUGCCUUGUUACAUGGCUUGGAUUCCCCAGAAUACUUAUGGGCCCUUCCCUGAAGAGUGCAUAUCUUUGCCUGUUUACACUAGUGCUGAAAGGGAUUGUGUGGUGACAAACAUUGAUGUCCCAUGUGGAGGGAAUCAAGAUCAAUGGAUCCAAUGUGGUGCCGCUUUAUUUCUGAAAAAUCAGUAAGAAGAAGCUGCUGCUAGCCAUCAGAUUUUCAUUCUACUUCGGAUUGUACUUUUAAAGGACAUAAUUUUUGGAAUUGAAAAGAGAAGUCCCGGCUAUUAAAUAAAAGCAAAUUAUACUGAAGUAUAUUUAUGAAACAUGUAUAAUUUUCAU